UUAUGCUACAAACUAUAGAGGUGAUGUCAUUCAGGUGUAUCUUUCAUCUAUUAAAUUCCUCCACCACUGACUCUUUGGCCAAACCCCUCCUCCUGUGACACUAUAUAAAUGUCACGUCACCAAACAGAGUCAUCAUUCUUUACUACACGCAGCAUCCAAGAAGCUCCCAGACUUUCUGUGAGAGGGUUUUUAUUUUUUGUCUUUGAGACAGAAGAAUCAAGCCAACACAUCAAGAUGGGCAAGAUCCUGUUUGGAAUCAUUGCACUUGUUGCAUCUGUCAUGCUGGUUGAGUCUCUCACCUGUUACAAAUGUGAUACGGUGUUGCUCGGUGCCUGUCUCGGCAAAUCAAGUAUAAACUGCACAGAAGAUCAGAAGAGCUGUUUCACUGCACAUGCCAAGUUUAGUCCUGACCUGUUGGAUAUCCACGAUCGUGGCUGUAUAGAAGAUACUAAGUGCAAAAACAGCACCGGAACAAUCCUGAAUUUUAACUAUGUCAUCAACAUGACCUGCUGCAAUAAAGACUUGUGUAACGGAGCCACCUCCAUCCAGAUGCCUCUGGCUACAGCUCUGUGUGCUGCUCUAGUGGCCAUGUGGAGCCAGUGGGGCCUUUGAGGAAGUGGAUGGGUUGCUUUACAUUUCAGUUUCAAAAUCAAAUAAUUGUUUGUCCUUUAAUUUCAUGAAUAUGCUUGAGAUAACAUUUGCAUUACUUUAGUGUCCCCAUGAUACAUAAUGGAGGGUCGGUGGCUGUAUGAUGUGACUUAACUUCCUUCCAGGUCUAACGGGAGGCUACAUUUACUGUUUGAGCAAUUUGAAGCUAUUUGUAUUGUAUCUGGACUAUCUGUGCUAUUAUAUUAAUUCUCAUGCCUUUAACACCUCAUUAAUAUUCAAUUAAUUAAAAAAUCUUGAAUGACACCACUGUAUAGAUUUUGGUGUGAAACCUUUACAUUACAGUGCUGAUUUAAAGCAA